CUGAGAAUCUGCAACGUUUAGCACAAUAGAGACCGUUGUCUCAAAGUUGAUGAUUUUGAUGAAUUUUCAUGUACCUUUUUUGACAAAUUAAUCAGACAUGACACAGAAUGCAUGAAUGUUUUUAUUAUGUAAUCUUUCACAGCACAUUAUAUGUUCUGUUUACAAAAGGCCACUAUACCGUUUAAAAUUGAAAACAUUGUGUAAAAGGUCUUAACAGGACAACUUCAAAGACUUGAAAGUGGUAAUUUUACAGUUGUUAUGCUGAACUCUUUUCUUUGAACAGUUUGUGUUGACUCCAUUAUUUUCGUUAUAUGUCUGUCUGUGUUUACACUUGUGAUGUAUUCUUUGUUUUCAGACAUUUUAUAUCGUUCCGUUGAAUGUGUUUGUGAACUGUUAUCAUUGUCAAUUUUACGCGCAUACAAUAUGUUAGGCAGAAUGCAAUAAGAGGGCUUGGUACAUUGUACCCAUUUAUAGAAAGAAGUAUAAUAGAAUUAACGCUGUUUUUGUUGUCAACGAUUGACGCAGAUUCUCUGCUUUUAACCGUGGCAUUCGGGAUUCAGUAAAGUGGGAAGAAAUCAAUGUCUUCGUCUGUUUGUUGUAUAGUCGUUUUAACUGUAGUACAAGGCGAAAAGAUGAUUUUGUAUCCAUGUUCCAGAUAAACUUAUUCACGUAAUAACAGGAUGUACAAAGACACAAUUUGACAGAGAAGCAUGUACAGGAGACCGAUGUCUGCAAAGAAUAUGUAGUGCAGAUUGGUUUUGUUUAAAUUUAAUACUGCAAAGAAAUGUCUGCAUUUUUAACUCAUCUGAGCACGAAGUGCUCAAAUGUGAGCUUUUGUGAUCGCCCUGUGUCCGUCGUCCGUCCGUCAUCCGUCCGUCGUCAGUCGUCAACAAUCUGACUGUUAACACUCUAGAGGUCACAAUUUUGGCCCAAUCUAAAGGACUUCAUUCACAAACAAAACCCGCCCGCCGAGCUCAUUAGGGCGUUUUGAUAUACGGAUUGGAGGGUCGUAAGUCCGAUCCCCGGAAGGGCCAUAUGUUCUCCGUGACGAUUUGAUAAAAGACAAUGUGCCUGAAAGCAUGCAUCCUCGACCUCUGAUUCAUGUGGGGAAGCUGACCGUUACUUUCGGAGAACAUGUUAUACUGGUGCAGAAUAUAGGAACACUGGUUAGCUUAACUGUCCGCCGUUUCAUAACUGAAAUACUGAUAAAAUACGGUGUUCAACCCAAAACAAAUUGACAAACAGUGUAAUGACAAUCUGUUAUGAAGUCGUAUGUUGGCAAACUGGAAUUGGUUACGCCUUUAGAACCACGUGGCGCAUUUUUCGGAGGUCGAACAGAGGCCUGAUGCUUCUGUCGAUGAAGACAUUAGUAUGACGUGACAUCGCCCUAUCCAUGAGUAAAUGAAACGGGGAAAAUUCCAUUAGGUCAUCAUGAAAUUAUCACAGAAAACCUUAAAAAAUUAGAGGACUACGAGAGUCUGGUAAAGUGCAAAGUUCUUCCACAAAAAAGUCUUUUCCGCCCUGCUCUGCUUAGUAAAAUGAAUGGUAAGCUGUUGUUUCACCUAUGUUGCUAAACAAUAAUCACCUCGCACACAUGCUAAAGAAGAGAGAAGUUUUUUAGGUACCUGUUAGCCAUACUUAUUUGGCUGAUCGGGAUCUGUUAUUUUAUAGUUGUCAUCCCUAUAACGGGACAGUGACAGUCAAAAGUUACCACGCUGUCCCAAUUGGACUAGGUACCUGUGUAACAAAUGAGGUCAAACAAACACGUAAAAAAUGGAAUAAAGUUGUCAAACUGCACAAACCAGUAAGAAGCACUGGGUGUUCAAAUCGCACCUAACAGGGAUCAUACUCAAACCUAACUAGCCCUACGUGUUGACCAUUUUUAUGCCCUAAAGAGAUGAUCUAAGGCCAUGGUGAGCUUCCCGUCAAUAUGGCGGCGCUAAUGUCAAAUCCAUGUCUAUUCAUCUGUUUCCUCACGCGAAGGGGUAAGUUGCUUUAACUUUCACAGGGUCACGUUUUAGUGCGCACGUGUGCCCUUUGAUAUUCAACAGAUAUCGCGGGACGUUUGUAGGUUGGUACUUUCGUUUUCGGAAUAGAGAAUAAAGGGGUCAAGCAGUGAACAAUGACGGAAGGAAAACUCUCGGAGAAAGAUAUGGAUCAGCUGGAAAAAUGGAUUGGAACGGGUCCUAAAAUAUUUACGCUUCGGUAUGCUAUCACACGAGAUGGAUGUGAUCCUACAGUCUUCCAUAAGAAAUGUGACAACCAGGGUCCUACUGUAACAGUGCUAUAUAAUCAACAAGGCUCCGUGUACGGUGGUUAUACAAGCGUCAGUUGGCAGUCAAUGAGCGGCAUUUACGUCAGAGAUGAUAAAGCUUUUUUAUAUCAGCUGAGAUAUAAUGGAAGUGACAGGCAAAAUAUAUUUCAUGUUAAAAUCCCCGAUAGAGCUGUUAUACACAGUAGCUCGUGUGCACCAAUAUUCGGUUCGUCUUAUGACCUUCAAACAUUUAACGUUAAGAUAAACAAAUCCGGUACUGUCUUUCCUCUCAAUGGAACCAUGGGCAGUUUCGGAACCGUAUACAACAACAACGGAGUGAGACCUGACCGAGUAAACAACGGUUCGAUGGACGUCACUGAACUAGAAGUAUACAGUGUAGCAGAUGGCCAAAGAAGAAAAACCUUACAGGAAGAAAAAACACCAUGGCGAAAAACUAAAGACUGGAACGAAAAGUACUUAGAUGAACUCAAAGAGGAGAUUGUUACAUUUAAACCAGUCCAAGACCUACAGAUCAGCGAGGCCCGAAUUUUGAUGCUAGGUCCGGUGGGUGCUGGCAAAUCCAGUUUCUACAACACUAUAGAUUCAAUAUACCGUGGUCGAAUUACACAGCGAGCUUGCAGUGGUAGCGCAGAACAGAGCCUUUCCACUGCUUACAUACCAUAUACGGUGAAAGUAGGGUCAGGUGCCUCCUUGAACUUCCGUCUAUGUGAUACACGUGGUCUGGAAGAAUCCAUGGGUAUCGAUGUGCUAGAGUGUAACUAUCUUCUUGAUGGAAACGUACCAGCUUAUUACGAGUUUAAUCCUACAUCGCCAAUCAGUCCAGCGUCUCCAGGAUUCAAGUCUGAUCCCAGCACUAAUGACAUUGUCCAUUGUGCAGUAUUCGUGUUAGAUUCAACAACGCUCGAAGUGCUGUCUUCAAAGGUUGUUGAGAAAAUGAAGGGACUUCGUGGACUAAUGAAUCAAAAACGAAUACCACAGAUUAUUCUUUUAACAAAGAUAGACAAGCUCUGUAAAGAAGUAGAGAAAAACGUAUCUUGCGUAUAUCACAGCCCAACUGUCAAGCAAGCUGUAGAGAAAGCAUCGCAAAUUCUUGGUCUUCCACGAGCUCACGUACUUCCUGUGAAGAAUUACGAGGACGAGGCUGAGUUGGACGACAACAUUGACAUUUUAGCUUUGUUGGCUCUUCGUAAGAUGCUGCAUUUUACCGAGGAUUUCAUGCAUAAUCUGAUUGACAAACGAAAUGAUGUGCAAGUCGAGAUGAAAAAAUUGAAGCUCGAAAACUGAGAAUCUGCAACGUUUAGCACAGUAGAGACCGUUAUCUCAAAGUUGAUGACUUUUCAUAUAUCUUUUUAUUGACAAGUUAAUCAGACAUGACACAGCCUGCAUAAAUGUUUUUAUGUAAUCUUUCACAACACAUUAUAUGUUCUGCUUACAAAAGGCCACUAUACCAUUUAAACUUGAAAGCAUGGUGUAAAAGGUCUUAACAGGACAACUUCAAAGACUUGAAAGUGGUUAUGCUAAAUUCUUUUCUUUUUUGAACAGUUUGUGUUGACCCCCAUUAUUUUCGUUAGAUGUCUGUCUGCGUUUACACUUGUGAUGUGUUCUUUGUUUUCAGUCAUUUUUAUAUCGUUCCGCUUAAUAUGUUUGUGAAUUGUUAUCAUUGUCAUCGAUUUUACGUGCAUAUGUUAGACCGAAUGCAAUAAGAGGGCUUAGUACUACUGUACCCGUUUGUAGAAAGAAGUAUAGUAGAAUUAACGCUG